AUGGUCGUCGAGCUACCCGUCGAACUGCAUCGUCACAUCUUCGAGGUCUGCGGACGCUGCGAGCCGCAGACGCUCCCCACCCUUGUCCUCGUCUCGCGCCUCGCCAGGUCGUGGACAAAUCCUAUCCUCUACUCGGUUGUAACGCUUUGGGAGCAGCGCACUGCUGAACUCUUCUUGGCUACACUCGAGGAUGCUGGAUCUGCUGAUCAUGCCACCCUUGUGCGAAGUCUCUGCCUCACCAAGGUCGUCGGACAUCGUCGCGCGCUACGCAUCCUCGCUGUUUGCACGAAUCUAUCCCACCUCGCUUGCUGGGUGUCUCACCCAGACCUAAAUCCCAUCUUGCUCGCAUCGGACGUUCAUCAGCCUACCACGCUCUCCAUCUCCUACGCACCUCUCUUCCGGGACCCCAAACGCGCGCGUCCCGACUUCACCAAUGCGCUCUUUUCGCGCGUCACGCACCUCGAGUUCAAGGACGAGCCGCAAACAUGGACCGGCUGGACCGGCUUCCGCCACGCGCCCCGCCUGACGCACCUCGCCUUCGCCUGCCAGCUCUCGCACUCCACCGCCAGCGCUGCGGCCCGCGCGAUUCGGGGGAUUCUCGAGAGCUGCAAUUCCACUCUCCGGGUCGUGCUCGUACUCACGCCGGCACGCUCGCACUGGCGGUACCAGGUCCUCGAUGUCGACGAUCCCCGGUUCGUGCAGCUGAGCGCGCCUGCGGACGGUAUCGGGGACUGGGAGAGCCUAGCGCGCGGCGAACGGAAUCAUGUCUGGACCGUCGCCGAGCAGAUCGUCGCAAAGCGCACCCAAUACGAGGUCGACGUUCGUUCGACCAACUCAAAUUGUUUCCACAGCCGACUCGCGGCUCUUGCCAACGCGAAUAGGUCCGUAAUCCCGCUCCCGCCGUAUGAAAACAAUAGUUGA